UUUCCAAAAAGAGACGUAGGUACAUGUGCAGUGAGCGACAGCUAGGAGAACAGUUCAGGGCACGAGCCAAAGGCGCACACACCCACUAGCAGAGAGCAGGACUGCAUUAUUCUACGGAUCCUCUUCUCUACGCACCUCUGGGCCAGUGACUCACACCUCUGCACCUCUUGUUGAGCCAUUAUCACCAUGGAAACCCCAAGCCAGAAACGCACCAGCCGGGGUGCCUCCUCCCCGACCCGCAUCACCAGGCUGCAGGAGAAGGAGGACAUGAUCAACCUCAAUGACCGGCUGGCCGUCUACAUCGACAAGGUGCGCUCGCUGGAGUCGGAGAACGCCGGUCUGCGAAUGCGCAUCACCGAGUCGGAUUCCUGUGUGACCCGCGAGGUGUCGGGCAUCAAGGGGGCCUACGAGGCGGAGCUGGCCGACGCCCGCAAGACCCUGGACCAGGUUGCCAAGGAGCGAGCACGCAUGCAGCUGGAGCUCAGCAAGAUCAGGGAGGAGCACAAGGACCUCAAAGCCAGGAAUGGGAAGAAGGAGUCUGACCUUGAGGCGGCUCUGAUCAGGCUGAGGGACCUGGAGGCCAUGCUGAACUCUAAAGAUGCUUCCCUCUCCACGGCCCUGGGGGAGAAGCGGACCCUGGAGGCGGAGUUGAAGGACCUCAAGGCCCAGCUGGCCAAGUUGGAUGGCAGCUUAGCGGAUGCCAAGAGGCAGCUUCAGGAUGAGAUGCUGAGGAGAGUGGACGCCGAGAACCGCCUGCAGACCGUGAAGGAGGAACUGGAGUUCCAGAAGAACAUCUUCAACGAGGAGCGGCGUGAUAGCGAGCACCGCUACAAGUCCCACAUGACGGAGGUGGUCAGCGGGCGGCAGCAGGAGUUUGAGAGCAAGCUGGCCAUCGCCCUGAUGGAGAUGAGAGCCCAGCACGAGGAGCAGCUCGCCCUCUACAAGGAGGAGGUGGAGAAGACCUACAACUCUAAGCUGGAGAACGCCCGUCACUCUGCUGACAGGAACGGCCAUUUGUUGGGAGCCAGUCAUGAAGAGGUGCAGCAGUCCCGGGUUCGAAUUGAGAGCAUGUCAGGCCAGCUCAGCAUGAUGCAGAAACAGCUGUCAGCGAGCGAGGCCAGGGUGCGGGAGCUGGAGGAGGCGAUGUCAAGGGAGCGGGACCUGAUGCGGCGGCGCCUGGAGGAUAAAGAGCGGGAGGUGACUGAUAUCCGCAGUCGACUCCAACUGCAGCUCGAGGAGUACCAGGAGCUGCUGGACAUCAAACUGGCCCUGGACAUGGAGAUCAAUGCUUACAGGAAGCUGCUGGAGGGAGAGGAGGCCAGGCUGAGUCUCUCACCCGGCACUACACCCACCGCCAAGGUCACAGUGACACGGUCCUCUGGCUCCGCCCACAACCAGAUCAGUCGUGUGGUCCAGUCUUCCGGCCUUGCCGUUGGCACCGGCACCGCCUCCAGCAGCCGUAACUCCUCCGGAACAGCCGUCUCCAAGAAGCGCCGCCUCAAUGACAACGACAGCGAGACCUCCAGCAUGGUGGGGGGCUCUGUGACCAAGACUCGCAUCAGUCAGAACGCCUCAGCCAGCGGGCGCGUCACCGUGGACGAAGUCGACCUGGAGGGCAAGUUCAUCCGUCUCAGCAACAAAGCCGACGAGGACCAAUCUCUGGCUAACUGGCAGGUGAAGAGAGUCGUAGGUACCACCACCCCCAUCAUCUACAAGUUUCCCAGCAAGUUCACUCUGAAGGCCGGAGGAACUGUCACGAUCUGGGCUGCCUCUGGAGGAGGAACCCACAACCCCCCCACUGACGUGGUGUGGAAGACCCAGAGCUCCUGGGGCACCGGAGACCUCAUGCAGACCAUCCUCAUCAGUGCCAACGGAGAGGAAAUGGCCAUGAGGAAGGUGACCCGCACCCUGUUCCAUGAGGAUGAAGACGAUGACAUGGGAGCUCACAGCACGAGCGGGGACAACGAGUACAACCUGCGGAGCCGCACGGUGAUCUGCGACUCCUGCGGGCAGACGGCGGACCGCCCGGGGUGCGGCGGCGGCGGGGGUCUGCCUGAAGGCCUCGGGGGACACUCCCUCUUCAUGGGGAGCAACGAGCCCAGAAAGGGCCGUGCAAAGCCGGAGAACUGCUCCGUCAUGUAGAGCCAGACCCAACCUCACCUGACCUGACCCCACCUCACCUGAACCCACAUCCUGCAGCCAAUAAAGGACGAGAAGAUAUUUUCUUCCUUUGGGUUGUUUGUCUCUAUUUUCAUUUUUUUUAUACGAUAUUAUUUUUUGUAUUCAGAUAAAUCUGCAGGUUAGGAUUGCUUUAAGGUUUUCGGGGGAAAGGAUUUUCAUAUUCAGCUUUUGAUUUUGUAUUUCAAGUUAUGUCAUCGCAUGUGUGCUGCGCUAAAUGCUUGUCUUGCUCUUGUUCUUGCACAAACUCUCUCUCACACUCACACACACACACACACACACACACACACACACACACACACACACACACACACACACACACACACACACACACACACACACACACACACACACACACACACACACACACACACACACAGCUCCAUUGACCAGUGCUUGCGCUUUGAUCCCAGCCGGGGUUUCACAUUUAAUGGCCAUGCUGUCAACUCUCAACACGAACAGCUAGUGAACCCUGUCAGGAAUAAGUCUCAGCCUUACAGACCAUAGGAAACUAAUCCUGUGGUGUUUUUUUUAAAUCAUGUUUAUUGACCAUCAAAUCAGGUGAAAUCUUUAUUUGAGAUGUUGAUGUUUACAAUGAAAUAUGCUUGUCCGUCUUUUUUGAAACAGUGUUUUGCUGUCUCAAAAUGCUAUAGAAAAUACAUUGACGUUGGUUUUUGUUUUGAUAAUCAUGUUGAAAUGCUCUCCAAAGAUAGCCGCAGUACUGUAAAAUCAGGAUGUUCUGUUUUUUAUUUAGCCUUAGACAAACAUGUCCAAGUAACUGUUGUAAGUGGAUCCAGAUAAUAUGAUGGGCUGUUAUGGUGCACACGGAGAAAUCAUUUUGAGAGGAAUAUUUUUUUCCUGCAAGUCGAAUCUCAAACUGGUGCAUUUGAUUAUGUUUUUCAACAUGUGUGGAACGUAAGGAAUUGUUGUUUGCUGGACAAGUUGAAUGUACCCAGUAAAAUAUGUAUCUCAGUAUGAUAUACAUUGAUAUAUGUUGCCUUACAAAGAUGUUCAGGAAGAGGUACUGUGUUUUGAGUAUUUACUCGUGCCAUAUAUAUACAGUAUAAUGGUGAGCUUAUUCCACCAAAUGAACAUUAUUCUAAUAAAAAGCUGUUGCUGCUAUUUUCAGAGUGCAACAGUCAUUUUUGGAGACAUUUUAACAAGCUUUUUUACAGAUAUAAAAACAACAAAUGUGCCUUUUUAGCGGACAGAAAACUACAAUCACUGUUCUCUGAGCUUUCUAUCAGUCUUGUGACUGUCAGCUGUCUGAUUUGUGUUGCUCGUAAAAACUGGUCAAAGGGCUUUUUUUCCUUUCCUGUAAGCUUAAUGGCUUUGCAAAUCCCCAUGCAUGAUUUUGGGACGUUUUAUUUUGAAUUGUACUUAAUAGAUGGUAUUUGUGCCACAUUAGAUCAUUUUUUACCUUAAUUAGAUGCCUGAUUUUGUAACAAUGACCUAAAGUGCCUUAAAAAGGUCCAUAACACUCGUUAAAGAAGUGGACAGAUCCAAAGAUGACAGAUUUAUAACUAAGAGAUAGUAUUUAUCAUAUAUGCAAGUAAAUAGGGUAUGAAUAUAAUUACUAUGUUAUUGUGAAAAAUAUGCAGCUAUUAAGUGAAACAUCCCACUCAGAAAGAUCAUUUUAAGGGUUUGGUUCAGGGUUUUUCAAAGGCCUGUCUGACCAGAGAAACUUUCCUUUUAUUUUUAUUCUCAUCGACAGCUGCUCUUAAACAUGUAUACGCAAUGUUAGUUCAAGUCAAUGAACAAGCAGGACACUAACAGAUUCAAACCACAGAUGUGCUUUGUGUGAAAGUCUUGAAAGGCCUUUUUGAAAUCCUGAACCCUCUGAAAGUCCUCAUUGAAGCCUCAUGAGUCUUUGAAGGACUUGAAAUGUUACCGAAAGGGAUUUCUUGUGAGCCUUUAAUGCCAAAGUUGUAAUUUGCUUGAAGUAGAAUUUCAUAACGAUGCUGUCAGCACUAUCCUGUUUUUGUUUUCUGUUUUGCUUUUUUAAAUAAUGCUGAGUAAAAUGAGGUUUUUCCCAGUGA